AAGUGAUAUUGAGGGACAAGUUAUUGAUUAAUGGCGAAUUUCAUAACAUUGCUGAUAUGAAAAAAAUAUUUACAAUAAGAAUAUUAAAAUCUUAUUUUGUUUCAGAAGAACUGAACAUUCUCAUUCAUACUUCAGUGUCAAAAUGGUUAUUGAAAUUAGAGGAAAAGUUGCUCUUAUCACAGGAGGUGCUUCUGGUAUUGGGCUUCAGUUUGCGAAAGCUUUAUUGAGGAAUGGCUUGAAGGGUGUAACUCUUGCCGAUCUCAACCCAAAGUUAGGACAUGGAGCUCUGCAACAAAUUGAAAGGGAAUUUGGACCAAACAGGGCUAUUUUCGUACAAACUGAUGUAACAAGAAUUGAUCAGCUGGACUAUACGUUCAACAAGACAAUAGGAACUUUUGGAUAUUUAGAUAUUGUUUUCAAUAAUGCUGGUAUAUUAAACGAUGCUGUUUGGGAAACGCAGAUACAAAUUAAUAUUAAUGGAGUGAUUCAUGGCAUGCUCCUCGCAAUGGAGAAAUACCUGCCCAAGUACCAACAAGGCCCGGAGGCCCUUAUCGUCAACACAUCCUCCAUAGCUGGUCUGGAAGGAAGCGCCCAUGUGCCCAUCUACGCAGCUACAAAGCACGCAGUCCUAGGACUGACGAAGUCCUGGGGUUGUGACACCUUCUACGACAGGAACAAGGUACGAGUGGUUGCCGUGUGUCCAGGGGUGACGAACACGCCUUUGAUCAGCGAAAUGAACAAUAGGAGUUUGGGCGCACAGUAUGAGAAUCUAUUGGACGAGGUGGCAACGUGGCCGACCCAGAAACCUGAAACACUAGCAGAACAGGUUAUGGAAAUAGUGAAAUAUGCACCAAAUGGAUCAACGUGGGUUGUGGAAGGAGGAGAGGCAGCCUAUGAAUACAUAUUCCCCGAUAGGACAGAAAUGAAGAGAAAUGUAAUAGAAACAUUAUAGUUUAUACCAUCUGAACAGUAUCAAUUAUUAUUUCACAUUUUUAUCAUACACAUACCCUCAGCAUAGAUCCCUCAGAAAAUUUUAGAAGAACACAAGAAAUAUCGCAUGAAUAUGAAGGGUUCUUUCCAUUCCAUUGCAGACAUCAAUUUCACUAGCCAAAUUCUGAAAAAAAAAUAAUGUCUCAUUUUAUAUAAUAGUACACCAGGGAAAAAUCAAUUUGGGAUUAUCACCA